CCUUAUUUUAAUCAUUUACGAAUAUAUUUGAUGUUUUCUUUUUAAUUAUAUAAAAAAAAUAUCUUACAAGAAAUUACUUCAAAAUCUAAAUUAAGAAUUUCUUUUCAAGACUAAUUGUAAAAGCUUUUUCAGUCUUAUUUAUGUUUUUUCAUUAAAUAAAACAUUGUUAAUAUAAUGUUGUAGCUAAUACUAAAUUAAAUGUUAUAAUCAAUCUAUGUACUUUAAAGUAAUGCGUAUCUCGCAGCGCAAAUGCUCACGUUUAAAUCUUCCCGCUCGGCUACCUGCAUCAGAUUACCUAUCACCGUUUCAUACAUUUGACUUGCUAAUAGCCCUCACCAGUUCAGACAAGAAUACACAACCGGUAACGCGGCGACUUCCUCAGUGGACGCGAAGAGGACGAAGGAGAUUAAGCGGACAAGAUCGCGCCAGGAACAAUGCUAGCGAACGUAACUGCAAACGAAACAAAAAAAGAGCUUUGGUGGUCUAUAUAUGCUUGGUGGUCUUGCGUACUUGUGCUAAAGAUGAUGUUGCUGAUGUGGUUUACCGGGCGGAUCCGAGUAAGAGAACAGGUAAUUCACAGUGAAGAAGAUAGGAUGUGGAUGACAAAAAAAGCGGACAUAAUUUUAUGUCCAACUGGAGAUGGCCAUGCUGACGUGAUUCGCAUACGAAGUGCUCAUCGACACGACGUUGAGACUAUUCUUCCUUUUCUAUUUGUUACGCCGCUUUGGUUAAAUGUCGAGACAUGCAAUUCUACAGUGAAGAUCUUAAUACCAGGCUUUGCACUAGCCAGUAUAUUGUAUACGUUGGUGUACAUGCAGCUUAUACAAAUGUCUGUUCGUUGGAAAUUUUCUUUUUAUGUAACAAUGUAUUGCAUUUUGAUUUAUAUAAGCACAAUUACUGCAGUCAGAUACUAUCUUGCUAUGAUGGCUCUCUACUGAUUUAAUUACUAUGAGAGAAUGAAUAAUAAGAAUGAGAAAAAAGCUUUUGCUACAUUAUAAAUAUUAGAUAUUUAUGAAAAUAAAAUAACAUUGCAUUAUUACUUAAGAAGAAAUAAAGUUGAUAAUGUGCUCCAUCAUAAAAACAUCAGAUUUAAAAAAUUAAGAUAUUUAGAAAAAAUAUUGCAGAAUGAAGACAAAAAUGUAUGUAUGUACGUGUUUCGUAUUGCUUUAACAAAAAAAACAAAAAAAAAAUAUAUAUAUAUAUAUAUGUAUAUAUUGACACGAUGCGUAAAGUGUCUAUCUCUAACAGAUAAGUAUGUACACAGACACACGUUUAUCUCAAAUUUGAUUUUAAUCUUAAAAUAAAUUUGACUUAAGACGAAUUCGAGAGAUUUCGGGAAUUCUCGUGAUCUCCGCUUUUAUAGAUGCGAUCCUGCUCGAGGAUUUCGCGCCGCUCACUUCCACAAAGAUCAUCGACUCAUUACGAAGCUCUGCCUGACUGAUCGUAAGAGUUAUGUAAACUUGGAAGAUCUUGUUUGUAAUUGUUUGCAGUAAUUUUAUUUUUGUUUGUAGUUACACUGUUCGACUUACAGUUGCGCUUAAAAAAUUUAAAUCAAGAUUUUUUUUAAUCCGCUUUUUUCAUGUGAUUCAAAAUCGUUUGUAGUUGUUUGUAGUUUCCUUUCUUUUCAUUUGUAGUGUCACCGUUAAAAAGUUAUAAACAUUUGUUUAAAUAUCCAAAGCGUGAACAUUGUUAAUUACUAUUGUAACAUUUUUCAAAUGUCCUUUUUCCAAGUUAUAUAAAAUUAUUUGGUAUAUAAAA